GUCGAAGGGGUUGGAGACACAAGGACUUACCGUGACGGGUAGGGACCUGCGUAUCAUGAGGCGGGCCCACGACAUUUCAAAGGGGUCGCUGCUGGUAAACAACAUCACCAAGACGCAGCCUGAUUUGAUGCCCGAUCUGCCGAUAGUCCUACCUACGGCGAUGCACGGUGAAAUCCGCGCCAUCUUUCACAAGAAAUAUCCGGAGAAAAUGUACCGCGCCAAGAUUAUGACGAACAUCUCCAUGGCCUGUGAAUUCAGCUAUCUAAUAGAUAUCCGAAAUACACAUCGUCAACUGGCAC